UGUUAGGGACCUCUAUAUCGUUGACGGGGUCCUUCAACGUCACACCAGCGACACAAGUUAGUUUUAUUUCUGAUGUAUUUCAGGCGGUCAUAGCUGUGCUUGUUUGAAUGUUGUGUGCUGGAUAAAUUGAUGUCGGUUUCGCUAAACUGGAGUUCGCUCUGGACUUCUGGGUGAGUUUUGUUGGUGCCGCUGUCGAAAGUUUUCGUCUGCAGUGCUGAGCCGUCAUGUGGAGCUCCGGCCGCCGCGUCCUUCAGGACCUGCUCAGACAGUCUUCCGCGAGGACCAUUUAUCUGAGUCCCGUUCAGCACACAGUUAUAGUCGAGCGAUGGUGGCAGGUCCCCCUGUCCAAAGUGGGCAGUCCACCGAGGCUUUAUGCUCGAAGACACAAUAUCUACAAACUGGUCGAAGACACCAGACAUUCUCCCAAGGAGGAUAUGGAGCUAAUCUUGACUGAGACCUUACCAAGACUUGGCAAGAGAGGUGACACUGUGUUUGUGAAAAAGUCUUAUGGCCGAAACAAGCUGCUGGCUAGAGGUCUUGCUGUGUAUCCAUCACCGGAGAAUAAACAGAUGUUUGCUGAGGAGCUGAAAAUUUCACCUGUGGGAAGGUCAGAGGCAAAUAUCCAAACCCGAACAGGACAAUUGACUAUUGAAUUCCUUCAAUCCUCCAACUUGGAAAUUAUGAAAACGUUGUCUGAUGAAUUCCAGCUCACCAAAGAUGUCGUCUGCAGACAGCUUGACAGAAAGUUGGGAGUUGUUGUGCCACUUCAUGCUUUGACUCUUCCAUUUGAGCCAAUCAAGGAGUUGGGUGACUACUGGUGUGACGUUACAGUUAAUGGACUGGACACGGUUCGAAUCCCCAUGUCGCUGUUGCCAUAUAAAGACAUCUCUGCAGGAGGCCAGACUGCAAAGAAGGUGGUGGUGGGUGAAGUCUCCGUGGAGAAAACGACUUCAGCAGACACCCAAACAAACCACGACACAACAGCACCACCAAGUGAAAGCCCCGAUAAAAAUUAAAACUUUCAACGUGUCCUUACGAAUACGGAUUACACAUUUUCCACAUUUUGAUUGUUGGAAAAUGUUUUAUAGUAAAUCUGUGAUGUUAUCAGUAAACAAUACAAUAUGCAAGAAUGCAUGUAAAACCGCUAAGUUCAUUACUGCGCAAAAUAAAAGUACUGCAGGAAUUUCACAUUAAAGGUUUUGCUUUAGGAUUAUGUGGAGUUUCUGUGUUGGAUAAUCAUUGUUAUUGUCAUAAUUAAUAAAAACUGGUAUUCAAAGGA